GACGUUUUAUUCGCGCGUUCAAUCGAUCUCCGAUGGUUUACAUUGUGUUUGAGUACGAAGUUUUGAAAAACGUAUGCUUUUUCUGAGAAAAAUACGAGUUUAAAACGAAAUACGAGUUUGAUAAUAAUUGACUAAUACUGUUGAGCAAAAGCUUGUAAUAUAACAUUCGUUUACCGGUUGAUUAAUUGUGUUUGCCAAACUAUUAUAUUCAACAAACCCUUCAAAUCGAGUUUACAGGAAUUAACAAGAAAACGCAGCAAUGAGUUAUAGCGGAUUAUUGACUGCAGGCUGUAUUGCCGACAUUAUGUGCGGAAAUGAGUUGGAUAAACCAGUGGUUCAAAUCUUGGGCACAAAACGAAUCGCUGGUAGCGGUGAUCAAUCCGAAAGGUUUCGGCUGCUUAUCUCUGAUGGAGUUAACAUGUACACAUUUGCUAUGCUUGCAACUCAGCUGAACGACUUACAACAGAGCGGACAGUUGGCGGAAUAUACCGUGAUUCGCAUAAAUCGCUAUAUUACUUCGGUUGUAAAUCGGGGCGAACGAGGUGAAAAACGUGUGCUUAUCAUUCUUGAACUAACCGUGGUUAAGCCAGGAGCGUCUAUUGGACAAAAAAUUGGUAAUCCCCAGCAGCUGACGGAAGGGUCAGCUGGCAGCAGCAACAGUAGCACGCCUGCACCGCAUCCCCGUACGGAAUCAGCUAUAAGUGUUAGUGAUGGAUCCGGGCACCAAAGUCGCUCUUCGAAUACUAACGGAACGCAGAAUUCGACUAUGCUUCAAAACAGCUUGUGUCACCCAAUCAGCUCGCUUAGUCCGUACCAGAACAAAUGGGUCAUCAAAGCUCGAGUCAUGUCGAAAUCAGAAAUCCGCACAUGGAGCAAUGCCAAAGGCGAAGGGAGACUGUUUUCCAUGGAUGUCAUGGAUGAAUCAGGAGAGAUACGUAUUACUGCCUUCAAGGAGCAAUGCGAUAAAUUUCACGAAAUGAUCGAGGCUGACAAAGUUUAUUUCAUUACAAAAUGCCAAUUGAAGCCGGCCAACAAACAGUACUCGACGUUACGAAAUGAGUACGAAAUGACUAUGACUAACGACACAGUUAUACAAGAGUGUAAGGAAGAUAAUGCUUCUGUACCGGAAAUUCAUUACAAUUUCGUGCCAAUUUCGCAGAUUGCGAACAUGGAGGCAAAUACAGUGCUUGAUGUGAUCGGUGUGUGCAAGGAGGUUGGUGAAGUGUCCCAAUUUACUGCUAAAACCUCUGGCAGGGAGUUGAAAAAACGCGAAGUUACAAUCGUUGACUCCAGUAAUGCUACUGUCCAACUCACGUUGUGGGGUGAGUCUGCUCUGAAUUUCCCAACUUCAUCGAAUCCGAUUGUAUUACUCAAGGGAGCUCGUGUAUCUGAGUUCGGUGGAGGUAAAUCGCUCGGGAUGGUUGGAGGCAGUGUAAUGAAGCUCAAUCCUAUGAUCAAUGAAGCCCAUAAGCUGCGCGGGUGGUACGACAACGGCGGUAGUAAUAGUGUUGUUACCAGUGUUUCGACACGCACUGGAGCCGGAACUAGCUACUCUACUGAAUGGAUUACAUUCCAUGAGGCGAAGGAAAGAAAUCUGGGUAAUGGUGACAAGCCGGACUAUUACCAAACGAAGGCUCUGAUCCACAAUGUCAAAUCAGCAAAUGCAAUCUAUAAGGCAUGUCCGCAGGCGGAGUGCAACAAGAAGGUGGUUGACCUGGAUAACGGAAUGUUCCGGUGCGAGAAAUGUAACGCCGAUAACACAAACUUCAAAUAUCGACUUCUGUUGAACAUGUUGGUUGGUGAUUGGACUUCAAACCGCUGGGUCACCGUGUUCACUGAGCUUGGCGAGCAACUACUCAAGAAAACAUCACAGGAAAUUGGUCAAGCCAUGGAGUACAUCAAGGAGGAAGCGGAGCAAAUUUUCUCUGCGAUCGCGUUCAAUAAUUACAUUUUCAAACUGCGAACCAAGGUAGAAUACUUUGCGGAUGCACCGCGAAAUAAAGUCACUGCUGUUGAGAUAAAGCCACUUAUCCACAAAGAUUAUAAUGCACAUUUGAUUAAAAACAUACAGGAGAUGACUGGUAUCGGUAAGAAGUGAACAAUAUUUUGUAAUCAUAAGCUGUUUUUUUUUAAUUAUUCCUAUCUGUGUGUUUUCUAUUAAAAUUAACUAUUAUUACUGCAGAUAUAAA